CAGUUGAUGCGCGCAGCUCGAACAGCAAACAUUGAGCUCCAAAGCAAAAACCUGAAUUGAAAGUCGUGAAAAGCAAAAUAAAAAAAGUUAAUGUUUUCAUUAAAAUUGGUGGCCUUGUGCCUUAUCAGCUGCUGCUGUUUUCUGGCGGCAAGCGGUAAGCUAGAAGAACGCUUCGCAUGGAAGCAACUGACCUUCGAUUGGCCCAGUGCCGAGGCUGAGGCGGAGGCCAAGCGCACUGGCCACUACAUUGAGGAGAACAAUCUGCCACUUGGCCUGGAACGUUGGAAAAACAAACUCUUCGUCACUGUGCCAAGAUGGAAGGCGGGCGUGGCAGCCACAUUGAACUAUAUUGAUCUAUCGACUGUUAAUGGCGAAAAGUCUCCAAAGUUGCGUCCCUAUCCCAGCUGGGAAGCCAACAAGUUACCCAUUGAUGUAGCGCCAGCACAGCAGUCAGCGUCCUCUGGCGGACGUGCGGAUGCGGAAAAGGCUGAGAGCGCUCAUGUCCAGUUGCAGGAUAAUGCCACCGUCGUUUCCACUUUCCGUAUUCAGGCUGAUGCUUGUGAUCGCUUGUGGGUACUGGACACCGGUCUUGCUGAUAUUCUAGGCAGCCCCAAGGUGAUAACACCCAACGCUAUCCUGGUAUUUGAUUUGAAAACAGAUCAGCUCCUGCGACGCUUCCCCAUCCCCGCCGAUCAGCUCAAGGAGGACACCUUCAUGGCCAACAUAGUAGUAGAUGUAGAGCCCGAUCAGUGUGAUAAUGCGUAUGCAUAUAUUCCCGACUUGGGCGCCUAUGGCGUAAUUGUGUACUCCUUGCAAGAUAACAAAUCUUAUCGCGUCAAACACAAUUACUUCCACUUUGAUCCGCUGCACGGUGACUUCAAUGUGGGCGGUGUAAACUUCCAAUGGACCGAUGGUGUCUUUGGCCUGGCUGUGGGUCCUAAGAAUGCUGAUAACAGCCGUGACAUUUACUUCCACGCAUUUGCCAGCACCAAGGAGUUCAAAGUGUCUAAUCGGGUGUUGCAAAAUGAGAGUUAUGUGAACGGCGGCAGUUCGUAUUUCGAUUUCAAAAUUGUGGGUGAUCGCGGCAUGAAUGGACAAUCCACUGCUGAAGCGUAUGACAAAGAGACUGGCGCUAUAUUCUACACACAAGUGAAUAAGGAUGCGAUUGCCUGCUGGAAUAUACAGCGUCCGUAUACGCCCGAUAAUCAGGGUUUAAUUGAUUCCGAUUCACAUACACUGGUGUUUCCCAAUGAUCUAAAGAUUGACACAAAUGGCGAGCUCUGGGUGCUGUCCGAUCGUUUGCCCACUUAUAUGUACAAGCAGCUGGACAAUACGGCGGUUAACUAUCGUAUUUUGACUGGCAAGAAUCGUGAGCUCAUUAAGGGCACACCAUGCGAACUGUGAUGCGGAGUGGCUUUUAUUUUUACGUAGCACGUAUAUGCAUAUGAUGUGUGUUAACUUUUUUUUUAUUGCUUAAUAAACUUUU